AUGGCUAAAGAGGCCUCUCGUACAGAACUUUCAUCAUCCGAUUAUGAAGAUGAAACAUCAUCUUAUUCUGAUAAUCAACAGAAAAACUUACCACCUGUAGCAGCUAAAAAAGAUUCUAUUAAAAAUUAUGUUGCAAAUCUAUUAAAUAGACAUGGAAUACGUACUGAACAACAACCUGAUUUAACAGAAACUCAAAUACAUAUUGAUACACAAGAUAGUAGAUAUGCUGAUUAUGAAAAUAUAUCUGCUUUUCGACAAUAUCAUUCCAAUGCAGAAGGUAUGGCAAGAACUGGUUCUCAACGACGACGAGAAUUUAUUAGUGAUGAUGAUAAUGAUUUAAGAGAUCAUACAUCAAAUGAACAAUCCGAUGAAGCAGGUCCAGAAUUGAAUUUAGAUCCAAAUCCAAUUAUUGAAGAACGUGAAAGUGUUGAACAAAGAUAUAAACAAAAAGUUUAUUUACGUCAAUUACAACCACCUACUCCACAACCAGUUGAAAUUCAAGUACAAGAAGUUUUAAUUCCAGGACAAACACCAAAACCACCUAUACAUGUUCGUGUUGGUAAACGUGAACCUCGAACUCCAUCACCAAUUGUUAUUAAAACUGCACCUCCACAACCUCCACUAAUUGACUCUGAUCAACCAAUUGUUUAUAAUAAAUAUGUUCCACCACCUAAACAACCUCCACAACAAAUCAUUAUUCAUCGUCAUCCUGAUUUACCACCGAAACCACGUCCUAUUGUUGUUGAACAAUGGUUACCAUAUAAACCAGCACCAAAACGUAUUAUUAAACAUUCAUUACCACCAGAAGCUCUUCAAACUCCCCCACCUCCACAUAAUAUUAUUGUUUCAUAUGCUAAACCACGUGCUUUAAUUGAAGUUGAACUUGUUCGUUUACCAAUUGUUAAAAUUGAUCCUUAUACAUAUCAACAGAUGAGUGCUGGUGGUCAUCAACAAUUAGCACAACAUCCAUCAUUUCAACAUGAACAGAUUUUCUUAUCAGGAGAUCGAUUAGUACAUGCACCUUAUCCAUCCGAUGAAAUCAAUUGGCGUAUUUAA